AAUAUCAAUCUCUGUAUUCAUCUUUCUCAAGCUGACUCUGGCCAGGUACCAUGACCGCCGUUGUAAAGUCGAUUUGCAAUGCUAUGGAGCGUAUUGCUCCUCUCAAGCUUGCUGAGAAAUGGGACAAUGUCGGACUUCUACUAGAGGCCCCGACUCCUCGUGCCAAUUCCAGACGCAUCCUUCUGACAAUCGAUUUGACUACUGCCGUUGCUGAAGAAGCUUUGAAGAGUCCUACGUCCUUCAUUGUCUCAUAUCAUCCGACUAUUUUUAAGCCUCUGUCAUCCGUAACGCUCGCCAAUCCUCUCCAGGCCAGUCUCCUGAAAUGCGCGGCAGCCGGUAUUUCUGUAUAUAGUCCGCAUACAGCACUUGAUUCCGUAUGGGGUGGCAUUAAUGACUGGCUCGCUAACGGAAUCUCAAAACCUAUGAAUGGUGCAGACGCAGAAGACUUUGGGGAGGUCACUAUUCUUGGAGAAGAGUUAGAGGAUGGCUUUGGCGGUUCGGGUCGUUUGGUCACUUUGCCUAACCCUGUCAGCAUGAAAGAAAUCGAGUACAGAAUCAAAUCUCAUCUCAAGCUGGAACACAUCCAAGUUGCGUAUCCUCCAGGUCAAGAUCCUGAGACUCAUUCUGUCAGUACCAUCGGUAUAUGUGCUGGGUCUGGAGGUUCUAUGCUUCUUGGUACCCCGGCGGAUGUCUAUUUUACUGGAGAAAUGUCUCAUCAUGAAGUCCUCGCGGCCAUUGCAACCGGUCACAACGUUGUUCUCUGCGGACACACAAACACCGAGCGCGGAUACCUUCCGACGCUAGCUGAGAAACUCAAAGCUCAGCUACACGGUACAGCAUCUGAAGUGAAGAGUACGGAUGGGGAGCUGGCAAUGACCUUACUGCUCAUGGAGGUUGUUGUGAGCAAGGAAGACAAGCAUCCGUUGCAAAUCGUUUGAGGGUUGAAGGCAACGCCACUUACAACUUACAAAAUCGAGCAGGAGGAAUACACCGACGAAAGAUAGGAUGAGGAGAAAGUAAACUACAAGUCUAGGAUUAUUAUCGGUCGACCUCGCUAUGCACAUUAGAACAGGUGGUGAGCGAGGAAAGGAUAAGGAUAAGGACUGCACAUACCCGAACACGAGAUCCUGGCAUGGCAUAUAUUAGUUAU